AUGGAUUUCCUUCUUAUUGGUCUCUGUUUAAACUGGUUGCUGUGGAAGCCCCCAGGGUUGAUAUUGUGUACACUGGGUGUCUUUUUAAAAAUGCUUCCAGCCGUGAAUAGUGGGUGUCCACAGCUAUGUCGGUGUGAGGGCAGGCUUUUGUACUGUGAGUCAUUGAAUCUUACAGAGAUGCCUCGCAACCUGUCGGGCAUGAUGGGCUUGUCUCUGCGGUACAACAGCCUUUCAGAGCUGCAUGAUGGACAGUUCACAGGGUUAAUGCAGCUCACGUGGCUCUAUCUGGAUCACAAUCACAUUUGCUCAGUGGAGGAGAAUGCCUUUCAAAAAUUGCGGAGAGUUAAAGAACUCACUCUGAGUUCCAACAAAAUCACUCAACUGCCCAAUACUACUUUCCGACCUAUGCCAAACUUGCGUAGUGUGGAUUUAUCAUAUAAUAACCUGCAGUCUUUGGAACCAGAUCUGUUUCAUGGGCUGAGAAAACUAACAACUUUGCACAUGCGGUCAAACGCCAUCAAGUUUGUGCCAGUGAGAAUUUUUCAGGACUGUCGCAGCCUGAAGUUUCUAGACAUAGGAUACAAUCAGUUGAAAAGCCUGGCUCGAAACUCGUUUGCAGGCUUGUUUAAACUCACUGAACUACACCUCGAGCACAAUGAUUUGGUGAAGGUGAAUUUAGCCCAUUUUCCAAGGCUCAUUUCACUGCAUUCUCUCUGCCUACGAAGGAAUAAAGUCACUAUUGUAGUCAAUUCCUUGGACUGGAUAUGGAAAUUGGAAAAAAUGGAUCUCUCUGGCAAUGAGAUUGAAUACAUUGAACCUCAUGUUUUCGAAAGUGUACCUCACCUCCAAUCACUGCAGCUGGAUUCCAACCAGCUAACCUACAUUGAUCCAAGAAUCCUCAACUCCUGGAAAUCACUCACUAGCAUCAGCCUUUCUGCAAACAUCUGGGAUUGCAGCCGUAACGUUUGCGCCUUGGCCUCCUGGCUAAGUAACUUUAAGGGUCGCUAUGACAGCAAUCUGCUCUGUGCCACCCCUGAAUAUGCACAGGGGGAGGAUGUUUUAGAUGCAGUGUAUGCUUUUCACUUAUGCGAAGAUGCAGAAGACCCAACAAGUGUUAACAUGCUAUCAGCAGUAACAAACAACAGCGACCAAAUGUUCACUUAUAGCCCUGCCACAAUAAUAUAUGAUGUGCAGGAUACUGAAGGAGAAAGAACAACAAAUGCCAUAACCGUAACUAUCCCCAAUGAAAACACUGAGAAUGCUGUUCAGAUUCACAAGGUGGUGACAGGGACCAUGGCACUGAUUUUCUCUUUCCUCAUAGUGGUUUUAGUGUUGUAUGUCUCCUGGAAGUGUUUUCCAGCCAGCCUAAGGCAACUCAGACAGUGCUUUGUGACACAGCGCAGAAAGCAGAAGCAGAAACAAACCAUGCAUCAAAUGGCUGCCAUGUCAGCCCAGGAGUAUUACGUUGAUUACAAACCCAACCACAUUGAAGGAGCCCUGGUGAUCAUUAAUGAAUAUGGAUCUUGUUCCUGUCACCAGCAGCCAGCAAGGGAAUGUGAGGUGUGA